CGGUCCGAGAUGUUCGAAUACCUCUCCGUGCUGCUACUAAUAUCCGCGGACUUGACCGCCACCCAAGACCUGCGCCGUUACGGCGACCUGCGGGACUGGUACCUGGACAGCGUGCUCGUGCCGAAUCGCCUGGCCAAGCCCAUACGGGACCAACCCGGACGGAGAGGUGACUUCCUUACGGCGAACUGCGACGGCUAUUACGGCACGAUCUACGCCGAGCUGGUGCUGGUUCGGAACCUGCUGGGCAAGUGCACCGGCUGCAGCCGGAACCUAACCUAUAUGGUGCCCGGGGAGGACGAGUGCUAUCCGGGACUGUGCUACGAGGGAGUUGGGUGUGACCUGCGGGAUGACGGAGAGAACGAGCAGGCCUACUGUGAGCAGUGUCCGAUCGGGUACGACGGUGACGGGCGGGUUUGUGCGAAGCGGAACGAUUGCCGGGAGGGGUCGUGCGCGGCGAGGGUGGAGUGUGCGGCGGCGGAGGAGUAUCCGUACUUCCGGUGCGGGCCGUGUCCGGCCGGGUACGAAGGGGAUGGACGGAAUUGCGGGAAGAUUGACAGGUGUGUUGAGAAUCCGUGCUUUGAGGGGGUUGAUUGCGGUUGGACGGAGGUGGAUCCGUUUUACCGGUGUGGAUCGUGUCCUCCAGGAUUCUCUGGAGAUGGAUCGAAAUGUCAAAAGAUUGACAAGUGCAUUGAACAUCCAUGCUUUGAAGGGGUUGAUUGUCAAUGGUCGGACCAGGAUCCGUACUAUCAGUGUGGGAAGUGUCCGUCCGGAUACAAAGGUGACGGCAAAACUUGCACAAAAAUUGACAUCUGUGCAAAGGGACCAUGCUUCAAAGAUGUGGACUGUGCAUGGAAAGCGUACUCUCCGUAUUACCAAUGUGCAUCAUGUCCUCUGGGAUUCGAAGGAGAUGGAAUAACCUGUACCAAGAUUGAUGUCUGUUCACGAGGACCGUGUUUCGAGGGAGUGGACUGCAUUUGGACAGAAAAGGAUCCACACUACCAGUGUGGAGCGUGUCCCCCAGGAUUCUCUGGAGAUGGAUCGGAAUGUCAAAAGAUUGACAGGUGUAUUGAGAAUCCAUGCUUUAAAGGGGUUGAUUGUCAAUGGGCGGACCAGAAUCCGUACUACCAGUGUGGAGAUUGUCCGUCCGGAUACGAAGGUGACGGUAAAACUUGCAGAAAAAUUGACAUCUGUGCAACGAGACCGUGCUUCGAUGGCGUGGACUGUGCAUGGAAUGCGGACCCCCCGUAUUACCAAUGCGCUUCUUGUCCUCUAGGAUUCGAAGGAGAUGGAAUAACCUGUACCAAGAUUGAUGUCUGUGCAAAGGGACCAUGCUUCGCGGGCGUGGACUGCACUUGGACAGAAAAUGAUCCACACUACCAGUGUGGAUCGUGUCCCCCAGGAUUCUCUGGAGAUGGAUCGAAAUGUCAAAAGAUUGACAAGUGCAGUGAGAAUCCAUGCUUUCAAUGGGUUGAUUGUCAAUGGUCGGACCAGGAUCCGUACUUUCAGUGUGGAGACUGUCCUUCCGGAUAUGAAGGAGACGGUAGAACUUGCAGAAAAAUUGACAUCUGUGCAAAAGGACCAUGCUUCAAAGGUGUAGAUUGUGCAUGGAAAGCGGACCCUCCGUAUUACCAAUGCGCUUCUUGCCCUCUAGGAUUCGAAGGAGAUGGAAUCACUUGUACCAAAAUUGAUGUUUGUUCAAGAAGACCAUGCUUCGCGGACGUGGACUGCACUUGGACAGAAAAGGAUCCACACUACAAGUGUGGAUCGUGUCCCCCAGGAUUCUCUGGAAAUGGCAAAAAUUGCACCAAAUUGGACACCUGCUCCAAAGAUCCAUGCUUCCCGACCGUACUCUGUCAAUGGAGCGCGGUUACACCGCACUACCAGUGCGGACCGUGUCCCUCAGGUUACACCGGUGACGGCCGCGCGUGCACCAAGCUGAACACCUGCGAACCCUCACCCUGCUACCCGGGACUUCAAUGUAGUUGGUCCGACAGUCCACCCAACUUCCAGUGCGAACCCUGCCCGUCCGGUUACGAAGGAGAUGGAGUCUACUGCAGUAGGAAUCCCUGCCUGCAGAAUCCAUGCUUUAGCGGGGUUAGCUGCCGGAAGAUGGCGUCGGAUCCGUUCUUUGCGUGCGGAUCGUGUCCGACGGGACUGGCGGGUAACGGAAUUUUGUGCGGGAACGACUUGGACUCCGACGGGUAUCCGGAUGAGGGACUCAACUGUGCGGAUCCUAAGUGCAGUAAGGAUAACUGCCUGCGGCAGCCAAACUCUGGCCAGGAGGAUUCCGACGGCAAUGGAGUCGGGGAUGCCUGCGAGAAUGACGUGGAUUCGGACGGAAUUACCAACGGAGUGGACAACUGUCCGUACGUAUCGAAUGAGGAUCAGUCAGAUCGGGACAAGGACAACAUCGGGGAUGUAUGCGACAAUUGCGCUUUGACGAGCAACACCGAACAGAUGGAUCUUGAUAAGGAUGGAGUUGGUGAUGCGUGCGAUCCGGAUAUUGACGGAGAUGGAUUCUCGAACCAGUUAGACAACUGCAAACUUCAGUACAAUCCGAGUCAGGAGGACUACGAUCGGGACGGUGUUGGAGACGUCUGUGACAACUGUCCAAAAAUCGCGAAUCGAAAUCAAAAAGACACAGAUUCGGACCAGAUUGGCGAUGUGUGUGAUACCGAUGAGGAUUUCGACGAAGACGGACUCCAGGACAACAGGGAUAACUGUCCGAAGGUGGCGAACGUUAACCAGUGUGACAGCGAUGGAGAUGGAAUAGGUGACGCGUGCGAUGUCGACCAAGAUAACGAUGGAGUGUUGAAUGAAGCGGACAACUGUCCUCUGGUUGCGAACGUCGACCAGACCGAUCUCAACAAGGACGGCAAAGGCGAUUGCUGUGAGAACGACUUUGACGGGGACGCUGUCACCGACAGGAUCGACAACUGCCCCGCCAACCGGAACAUUAUGGAGUCCGACUUUCGAAACUUUACCACGGUGGCGCUUGAUCCGGAAGAUGAUGCUCAGGCCGAUCCUCACUGGGAGAUUCUGAACGAUGGAGCGGAGAUCUUUCAAAAGUUCAACAGUGAUCCGGGGCUGGCGGUUGGCCGUCACAAGCUGGAGGGCGUGGACUUUGAGGGGACGUUCUUCAUCGCUCCGGACCCGAACGACGUUGUUGCGGAUGACGAUUUUGUUGGGUUUGUUUUUGGGUAUUUGAAUGAACGCAAGUUUUAUGUUGUUUCUUGGAAAGCAAAGUUUCAAAGGUAUUGGAGAGAACCUAGACCAGUUGCGAAGGCUGGUAUCACGCUGAAACUAGUAAACAGUACGUCGGGGCCCGGACCGAAACUCCGUAACGCGUUAUGGAACGAUGAAAGCGUGGAGGGAGAAACUGUCAAAUUGUGGCAAAGUAAGAAGUUAGGCUGGAAGUUUGACACCGCGUACCGCUGGAAACUGAUGCAUCGUCCAGCAAUAGGAUUGAUUCGUUUCGAGCUGUUCAAAGGAAAUCAAAAAGUGGUAGACUCCGGGAACAGGUACGACCACCACAUCAAGGGUGGUCAACUCGGCGUCUACUGCUUCUCGCAAGCAAUGAUAAAGUGGUCUAAUCUGGUGUACCGCUGCAACGAAACGAAUCCAGCCAACCUCUAAACGCGCCGCGGUGGUCCUAAACGCACCAAUCUCCAAGAUGGCGUCGUUUGUCAAAAAACAAGUUCCCGCGUCCCACGUCAAUUUGAACAACAACGCCAGAUCCGUAUCCCAAACUAGUCCCAAAAGCUGCAGUUUUGCCCGUUUACGGAGAAUCGCCCAAAAAGAUCAAAUGACCGAAUUUGGGGUCUGCCGGUCAUAAGUUAUUUCUUAAUUUUCACUCACUUAUCAGCCGCCAUUAUCGGACGGCGGCGGCUGGUUAUUUUGAGCCGCCCACGCGAACUGUUGUUGAAUUGCUGUGUCUUCUUUUGUCUAUCUGCCAUGUUUGACUCCCACUUGGAGAUGAGAUCUGACGGAAGGCUUACCGUUUUCGGAUGUGGCGGUGGUGCCCAUAUGUGUUAUUAGCCUAUUAAAAAGCAGUAAAAACUGUCAGACCUUAAUGUGGACGGAACCGCCGUCGAAAAUGUUUGUGAUGGAGUGUGGGACUAAUCCGGGGCGCAUCUGUUUGUGUGGUAUUUUUGUU